CGCGAGUGGACCUAACAUUCUUCCUCUUCCUUCUCCCCUCCCACCCUCCUCGGCCUCUGGUCUUAAUUGCUUCGUUGGGUUUAUUAUAAUGUCUUCGUUUCCACUAUUUAAAUCCACAGACGGGGAGUCAGAAGCAGAGACGGAGAGAGAUGGUUCUCGACCUUCUGGUGGUGGUGGGUUAAUUGGAGCUCGGAUUCAUGGAGGUUUCGUCGAAUUCGCUGACAUUCUACGAUUUCCUCGACCGAAUGCGGCACCCCGCUUCACUUGAUCUCGUUCGCUCCAUCAAAAGUUUCAUUGUGUCGUUUUCAUUUUGUACUGCCAAUUCUGAAAGUGAUAGCAAAAAGCUACAAGAUUUCCUCUUGACCAUGGAGUCUUCCAUUAGGGAUCAUCCAUUAUGGGCUGGUGCCACUGAGGAAGAAAUUGACUGUGCUGUUGAGGGUUUGGAAAAGUAUGUGAUGACAAAACUGUUCACUCGUACAUUUGCCUCUUCAGAGGACACUAAAGUUGACCAAGAGAUCUCAGAGAAAAUAUGCCUGUUGCAACAUUUUAUUAAACCUGAACAUUUAGAUAUACCUGGACCUUAUCAUAACGAAACUUCAUGGCUGUUUGCUCAGAAAGAACUGCAGAAAAUGAAUGCUUUCAAAGCUCCACGUGAGAAGCUUCUUUGCAUUUUAAACUGUUGCAGGGUCAUCAACAAUUUGCUGCUCAAUGUGGCAAUGUCAUCAGAUAAUGUACCAGCUGGGGCUGAUGACUUUCUUCCAAUUCUUAUUUAUGUCACCAUCAAGGCAAAUCCUCCUCAGUUGCAUUCAAACCUCAAAUUCAUACAACUAUAUAGGCGGCAGUCAAAACUGAUCUCAGAAGCUGCUUAUUAUUUCACGAAUCUUAUGUCUGCAAAAUCUUUUAUCAUUGACUUAGAUGCCAAAUCUCUUUCCAUAAAUGAAUCUGAGUUCCAGGAGAAAAUGAUUCAAGCUAGGUUGGACAAACAAGAGAAGUGUAUAGAACCCUGCCCCAAAUUGGAGGAUAUGGCUGGGCCUGGUCCUUCCACAAGGAGGCAUGAGAUGGAGAUCAACAUGGUUGUGGAGGAAGACUAUCCAUUCAUGAGAGCAGAUCCUGGAGAGUUAACAGUGGCAGAUGUUGAAAAGCUGCUGAAUCUAUACAAAGAGGUUGUUACCAAGUAUUCAAGGUUGCGUAGGGCAGUAAAAAGCCUUCCCUUGGCCAAAGAACCGGCGUUACAUUUUUUGGAAGCCCAAGACACUUUGCCACGGCAACCCAGGCAACAAGAAGCACAGUUAAUUUUACCCCAGCAGCCAAAGCAACAAGAUGCGUCAGACAUCACCGAGGCUAAGUAAAAAAAGGAGUUAGUGAGUUUAUCUUUCAUUGUUGUUUCGUAU